GUACCAUUUGUUGCAUCCUUGUAUAACAGAAGAUGGAAAUCUGCAAAAGCUCUCACGUAGGAACAGGCAGUACUGAAUAUGCCAGAAACAAAGGUGACCCGUUUGAGCAAUGGCGUUAGAGUUGCCACUGAGGACUCUGGGAUUAUCACAAGCACUGUAAGUUUAUUUGUGAAAUCUCUUGUAAAUGCAAAAUUGACUUUGUUAAAAACCUUUUUUUUUUUAAAUAUGAGAUUUUGUGCCUUGACCCUACUAGUGUUGUUUUUUUAAUAUAUUUUAACUUACACACUCUGCAAAAUGGAUACAAUACAAUUUUAAAGUUCAUUUGUGAAGCUUGGUAUAGUUUUACGUUUUAGUCUGUCUUAACUUCUAAGUGUUUCUCACAUUUUACUUGGUUUUAUACGUUAUAUGUGUAUAUCGGCUAUGAACUCUUUUUACAUAAUUACAAAUUGUAAGCACUGAAUAUUUCCCCUCAAUUUUUUUCAGGUUGGCCUUUGGAUUGAUGCUGGUAGUAGGUAUGAAAAUGCUAAAAACAAUGGAGUUGCACAUUUUCUGGAACAUAUGGCCUUUAAGGUAUUCAUUUAAAUAACUGUUUUCACCUGAAACAUAUUUGAUUGUUAAUGACUACAUUUUUUUUUUUCUUCAGUGUGAUGAGGGCAAAAUUGUGUAUUUAAUCAAAAGUAGUUUAAAAAAUAGAUAUUGUGAUAAAAUUUAGGGGCUGGAAAGAGUUGUUAAAUUGUUUUUUUUUUUAGACAUUUUCAUGUUUUUUAAAAAGUUAUUUUCACAUUGUGCUGAAAGAUUGUGACCACAGACUCUCAUUGCAGCCCAAUGCCUGACACUUUCUGACUAAGUGGUAUGGAUAUUUAUCUUAAUAGCUAUCUUGCUGGGCUAAAAGUCCAUUCCAGAAUUUUGUUUUAUUUCUUUGAUUUCUUUUAUUUCAGGGUACCAAGAAAAGGAGUCAAACUGACUUGGAACUUGAGAUAGAAAAUAUGGGAGGUCAUCUUAAUGCAUAUACAUCUCGUGAGCAAACUGUCUAUUAUGCCAAGUGUUUUGCUAAAGAUCUACCCAAAGGUAUGGAUUAAUUAAUUGUAAUUUAUUUUGUUUUUUCAGUAUUCUGUUCACCUCUUUAAACAAAAUAUACAUAGAAUUUCUUUCUAUUGCUGUAACCAUCUUUGACCUAUUUUAGUCUUUACAAACAUAGACUUUCUACUACAAUUUAUUUAACUGAUCACCUGGGUUUUAUUCCAAACUUUUGUUUACAGCUGUAGAGAUUCUAGCAGACAUAACACAGAACAGUUUAUUGGGAGAUCAGGAGAUUGAAAGGGAGAGGGGAGUCAUUCUCAGAGAAAUGCAGGUAUGAUAUGUUGCAACUUUAUUUUAAAGUACUGCUUUCUGUAGUUUCUUUCCUUUUAAAAAUAGUGAGUUAAAUAUUUGAGUUUUUUAAUAUCAUACAUUCCUAGGAAAUUGAGACCAAUCUUCAAGAAGUUGUAUUUGAUCAUCUCCAUGCAAUAGCAUACCAAGGUACCACUUUGGGACAGACAAUCUUGGGACCAACUGAGAACAUCAAGUAUGUUAAUUUUAAAAAUUGGAUACAUUUUGCAUUUCUCCCAUCAGAUACUGCAGUCUUGAAUAGUAAAAAGACCUUAUGUUAUUGAUUCCAUUAGAAACUCUCUCUCACCUUGUAGUAGAACAAGUACCUUUCCAAGAAAUCAUGAACAAAAAAUUAGAAAGCUGAUACUGUUUGUUUUUUCAUGGAAUGGGCACCAUUUUGCUCAAAAGUCUUAAUAACAGAGACUAAUGCUUUGAUAUAUGGACAGCUUUUGUUAUGUUGUAGGUUUCUUAGUGUUAAGUCCCUCUGAUGCAUAAAUGUAAACUUAUUUUAAAACAGAAAAGGUAAAUUAAUUGAAUUAAAGAAAAUCUGUAUUACCCUUUAUGGUUUUAAAUACUUAAAAUUUUUUUUUUCAUUUAUAGAUCCAUCACUAGAAAUGAUCUUGUGGAAGAAUAUAUUAACUCUCACUACAAGGGCCCCCAUAUUGUAUUAGCUGCCGCUGCAGGUAAUAUUAUUUUACAUUAAUGCUCAUAUGUAUUUGAUGUGGGUGAUAUAAUAUAUUGCAUGAUAAAAAUUUGAUCUAAGAAAAAAUUAUUUUAGCCCAAUUUGAAGUCUUUUAGUAAGUGCAGGUUUUAACAAAGAAAACCAAAGCAUGACACAAGAAGAAAUCAGAAAAUAAAGAUGCAUUUUAAAAAUUUAAAUGUGCACCAAUUGCAGGAGUUAAUCACAAUGAGCUGUGCAGCUUGGCAGAACGUCACUUUGGAAAGAUGACCGCUGGUUAUGAUGGAGAGAUUCCCAUCUUGCCCCAGGCAAGGUUUACAGGAAGUGAGGUAUGAGAAUCUAAACUUUUUAAUCCUUCUGUAUUUUGUUUUUACUUCCAUAUAUAAGCUCUUAAAACUUGGGGGUGAAAUAAUAAAUGCUAGAGUUGUGGGAGGUUAUGUUUUACAAUUGUUGUUCACAUAAUUACAGCUCAGGAUACUAGAUGAUCUCAUGCCUUUGGCUCACGUAGCUAUCGCAGUGGAAGGAUGUGGCUGGCAGAACCCGGACAAUUUGGCACUGAUGGUGGCCAAUACUCUGAUAGGCAGCUGGGACAGAUCCCAUGGGGGAGGCACCAAUCUACCCAGUCAGCUGGCCCAGCACACCGUCAAACUUAACCUGGCCCACAGCUUCCAGUCCUUCAAUACUUGCUACUCAGACACUGGCUUGUGGUUGGUUUAUGGCUUUUCUUUCUUACUAUAAAGGUUGAUAGUGUGUGGCUAGUCAUCAGCCAGUCCAGAUAUCCAGACUUUUCAAGAAUCUUAAAGACUUGAAACUGAAACUUAAAAGAAAUAUAUUCAGCAGCACAGUAAUGCAAGUUUACUGUGCAGUUUUCAUGUUUUAUUAAACAAUUUUAAAAAUUGCUUACCCCAUUAACCCAAGUAGGUCAAAGAUAUUUCAAAAUCAGUUUUAAACAAACAUGCUGUCUCAGUAGCAAUUUUCUUAUUUCUAAGUGUAAAGGAAGUGAUGCUCUAAUAAUAAAGGUGUGAGGGCUUUGGUUUAAAAUGCAAAUCUUAUGGCCAUUAGUUAGUCAAGAUUGUAAAAUUGGGAUUACUUUAACUACCACCCUCUCCCUUCACUAACAUUAUUUUAUUUUUAACAGGGGUAUUUACUUUGUCGCAGACAGAAUGAUGAUUGAUGACUUUAUUUACAAUGUCCAACAUGAAUGGUAGGCUAAUUUUAUCACAAUCUAUCAAUUUGCUCUUUUUAUUUGUAAAUGGUCAACAAUAUUUAAUUUAUUGUCAUGUUAUCUUUCAUUUUUUUAAAUAUCACUUAAAUUUGGUACUGUUUUUUGUACACUCCUAUUGAGUUCUCUGCUGUAUGAUAUCUUGUUGAUAAAUACAAACAGGAUGCGUCUUUGUGGUGGUGUAAGAGAGGCUGAAGUAGAGAGAGCCAAAAAUUUGUUGAUGACCAAUAUGCUCCUGCAGCUGGAUGGCUCUACACCCAUAUGUGAAGAUAUUGGCAGGUUAGGACAAUACAUGUUUUGUUUUACCUUUAAAUAUCUCCUUUCUGAUUUUUUUUUUUCCCAACUUAAACUGUUUUAAGUUAGCAGUAAAUUAGACCAGUCAGGUAUGGGAGUUAUUUUAAUAAACAGACUGUCUUAGCCGUUUGUACACAAUAAACAUACACCUAAUGAAAUUAAUUAUUCUUGGGCAAAGCUUCUAGCUGCCAAUGACCCUGGUUUAAUGUUUCAGCAAAUAAAAAUAUAAUUAUAUGAUGAUUAGCCAGUAUAGAGUAUUCCUUUUUCCUCAGACAAAUGCUUUGCUAUAACAGAAGAAUACCUAUUGAUGAGAUGGAAAUUAGACUUAAUAUGAGUACUUUUAAUUAUAAAUGAAAGGUUACUUAAGUAAAAUGAAUGAACCCACCACUACCUAACCUACUUUUAAGGUAAACAAUCUUUUGUGCCUAAUUAACAUUGCAUAACCCCCUGGUACAAAAAAGAUAUUUAAAAAUAAGAUAGUCAAAUUGUUUUUUGGUCUUGUUUAAAAAAUAUCAAGAUUUAAAUUAAACAAUGAUGCCAAAAAAAAAACUUUUCAAUAAUAUCUGUAGUUUAUUAUUAGUACAUUUGCACAAGUUUACUGCAGUUAGAGUAACUUGCCACUUGCACCAAGUGAUGUUCUAAUUUUUAAGGCAGAUUCAGAGUUAUCUUUAUCAGAUCUGUUUACCUUGCAACUCUUAAAAUCGUACACUAUCCUCACAAAAUCGUUCAAUACAUUAUCUGAAUAGUAAAAAAACACAGUAUAUAUAAUAUUUAGGCCUCAAAAUUCUUACAUUGUACGCCAAAAUCAUAAGAGUAAACAGGUCUGCUUUAUUCAUAGCAUCAUCUAUAUAUAUCCCUUUAAGUUUCAAAUUUCAAUAAAUUCUAUUUGGGAGUAAGUAAGCUUGUUAGGGCUCAUAAAUUAGCAUACUUUAGCUAUGGGUAAAAGGCAGGCGCAGAGUGAGCAGUAAGUAUCCUGUGGGAAUUGGGUAGAACAUUAUUGAGAGGAAUAAAUAACUUUUAUAUUAUAUAUUAUUGUGCCUUAUUGAAAUAUGUUCUUGGGAAUCACUAACAUUUUAGAAAUUUAAAAUAAAAUGUGUUGCUAUAAAAAAAUGAUUGUGAUGCUUCAUCUUUACUGUGACAUUUAGCUGUUUACAUCAAGUUAUUCUGUUGUUUUUUUUUUUGUGUUUUUUUUUUUUUGCAUGAUUGAAUAGGCUAUUACAGCUGAUACAUUGAAAGAAGUGUGCACAAAAUACAUAUAUGAUAAAUGCCCUGCAGUGGUAGGAAUUGGUAAGUGUCUUUUAUUAAUUUUGAGAUUUACUAAAUUUUUACCAUGAAGCUCCUUAAAAUUGAUAUGUUGAGACAAAUUAAUUAUAUAACUACUAAUAAUGAUACUAUGAUUUGUAAAUCUGUGAAAAAUUAGUGCAAAUAUUAUUUCUCUUUAUUUUAAAAUUGUUUAGAGAUUUAGUCAGUCAUUGCCACAAGGCUGUUGAUCCCCACAGGCCCUACCAAUGACAAAUUAUUUAUCAUGCAUUAAGUGAUUUCUAUUAUUUUAAAGAAUAAUCUUUUCUUCCUCUUGUGGAAAGAUAUAACCUCGUAUUUCUUGAUCCUAGGACCUAUUGAAGCCUUGACAGACUACAACAGAUUGCGUGCUGGCAUGUACUGGCUGAGAACAUAACACUUUUGAAGCUAGGACCUCGAUAUAUAUAUUAGUUUGUUUGGGAAAUUUCUAAGAAACCAAGAUCAUUUUUUGUGCAGCAGUUCAUGAAGAUCCCACAAACCAAGGAGCUAAAAGCUUUACUGAAAUUCUUUUUAAUUUAGAUCUGGUUUUCCAUCAACUAGUUUGAAUCCAAAAACCAUACAGUAAUUCUUAUUUAGAACGAUUUCUCAAUAACAUUUUACUUGUAUUUGUGGAGAGAUGUGAAUAUAUUUAUCUUGCUAGAUACAUAAACAGGAUAUUUGUGGAAUAGAAAGCAGGUGGUGUAGAUUAUUAGGUUCCUAUUUUGUUUCCUAUUUUAAAAGCAUCCCCAACAUUUGUGAUGUUUAAAUUGUUAAUUUUGAAAGUAAUUUGUUAUAUGAUGUGAACUUGUCAAAUGCAAUGAGUGACAUUAAAAUAUUUUGUACAGUCUUAGAAUGUAUUUUGUUUCUUCUGCACU